ACGCCUACAAAAUGGCAGAUAAAGAGGAGGAAGAUACGCGUCCCAUGAAGGACUGGAUAUUGGUACAAAAUUCUGAGCUUAGACUUGAAGUGCAAAAUGACAACAGUGUGGACAUACAACUCUUGUUUGGUGUCGCUGAGAUAUUUGGGACGGAGAUGGCAAAGAAUAUGCGCUAUACAAUCUCCAAUCAAGCAAAGAUUGCAAUAUUCACUGACAUUAGCUGCACCAUAAGAAUACUAGGCUCACCUGACAUUGCUUACGUUUCCACGGACACUCCGAUGCAUAUUUAUCGUAAUACUCACUUUGCUCUUGAGCAUUUGAGGAGGACAGCACAACAGAAUGAUACCUUUGGGCCUAAAGUAAUGGUGUGUGGUCCUACUGAUGUAGGUAAGAGCACUUUGUGCCGUCUCUUAUCAAAUUAUGCCGUGAGAUCUGGACACCAACCAAUACUUGUUGACAUUGAUGUUGGUCAGAGUGACAUCUCCAUACCUGGCUCUAUUGGUAAGUAUAUCAACUGUCAUUACUAAUCAAGUAAUGUCUGUUGAUUUAUCAAUGCAGUCAGUCAGUGACUGAGGGCUUUGCUUUAUUUAUUGGGUCUACCUAUCCAUUAGUACAAUUUCAGCACAGUUAUUCUAUUGUGGGUUAAAGAUGUUUAGUCUCUGGGUAUUGCCAAAUUUUCAACAGAGGAACAUUAGUGCAAGCCAUUGCAUCUCUUUGUAUAGUAAUUCGAUAAAUAAACAAUAAAGUCUGAGAACAUGGCAUUGUCAUGAACAGCAUGGCACAAUUUUUCUCACUGGAUUACAUGUAUAGAAACAUGAAUAGAUAUUGUUCACUAAUGUACCAGGAAUAAAUACACCUGCACAUGUGUGGAAUGGCCCGAAUGGGAAGUCAGGGCUAGGCAAAUUAUGCUAGCAUGAUUUGGAGCAAAAUAGGGCAAGUUAUUAUGCUGGCAUAAUGGAAGCAUGA